CUCUUGUCUCAACGCUCAUUGUAUCAUACUACCAACUCGUAUCGUAUCUUGUCAAAAAUGUCGGGCGUCAGCGUCACGCCCAGGAAGCGCACCGCCGCCGCGGCGCCGCUCACUCCAGAAACUGGUCGAAAGCGCAAGGCUGGCGCAUCCAGCAGCCCGAUGAGCCCGCUCACCCCCCUCCCUCCAUCACCCCUUGUGUAUCGCGGCCGCAGGCUGGACGUCGAUGCCGAGGCCCUGCCCACCACCUCGUCGCCGUCUCGCACGCCCAAGGGUCCACCAGCACCCAUCCCUCCCCACCUCCAGGCCCUCCUCAGCCUGCAUCACGGCCUCAACGUCGCUCUGUCACUGCACAUCGCCACACAUCCGCCAAUCCUCCCGCCACACUCGUCGACAACGACGCAGCUCCAGCUGCUCAACCUGACAAACUAUGCCGCUAUCAAGGACACCGUCGAGCGCACGUCGGGACGGAGAUUCGGCACGCAGGAGCUUGCGCGCCUGGCCUGGCUGUGGACGUGGGACGGGGAAUCGUUACCUGCCGAGUCGUCAACCAAGGCAGAUGACAACCCCUUCAUCGACGCCGCGCCCGUUACCCAGGUCGCAGGCCUGUCGUACCUCAUCACGCCGACACGCACCCUCGACCCAGUCACAGGCCGCCGCAUUCAGUCGCACGGCAUCGGUAUCGAGCUCGAGCUACAGCCUGGCGAGACACGCCAGCUGCUGUUGAACGGCGCCGAGGGAGGCCUUGGCAACAUGGGCCAGGGCGGCGGUGUUCGCGUCAUUGGGCGUUGGAAUGCUGGCGCAGAGCUGAGGGAGGAGGCCGUGAGGAAGAGGCUGGAGCAAUGGGUCGAGCUGCACGGGGGAUACACUCCAACGGAGGUGCAGAACGACCAGCUCGCCACGCCGACCACUCGCGACUCGGGUCGCUCGACCAUCCCACCGAUUCCCCUCCACCCGCUGCCCAAGCUCGGCCCUGCCGUCUCCGCAGGCAGCUUGUUCACCCUCGCCUCAAACACCUCGGACUCAGGCCCAGGGCUCACCUCCCUGCCUAAGUCGACCUCGGGUUUAUCAGAUCCGUUCGAGAUGAAGACUCCGCCGAAGAAGCCGGCUGCCAAGGGCACGCUUGAUGAGCGCCGACAGGCCAUGCUCGAGAGGGUCAAGGCCCGCUUCAGCGCCAACAAGGGCCCUACGCUCGCCGCAGCGAUCAAAAGUGGCGCGGCUGUCAUCCACCACAAGUCAACGGCGGAGAAGCAGGAAGAGUUGAAGCGCCGCAGCACGCUGAGCCGACUUGAGAGCGUGGCUGAGGGCGUCUGGAUGAUGUUCUCUGGCCCACCGACUGCCUCGCUCACCAGCACGCCACGCCAGCGCCGUAAGGCCAUUCUCAUGUCCGAGAUGAGCGAGAUGAUUGUCAAGAGCUCCAAGACGCCAAUCUCAGAAGCCGAGGCCCAAACCUCUUUGCUCAUGCUGUGCGACCUGUGCCCCUUCUUCCUAAUCUGCAAGACGGUCGCAAGGCGCGAGUGGCUCGAGAUGCCAAUGCAGGUGGCGUCGUUCCACCCCCAAUCCCCCGGGUCUGCCGACCCCGUCGCGGCUCUCCUUUCCUCGCCGACGACAGGAUCGCCACGUACCCUCGCUGGUCCCGCCAGCCCAGGCCGUGUGCGCAAGACUGGCGGUCUGCGUGAGGUGCGCGAGCGUAUCCGCCGCGAACUGGGCCAGUGGUGAUUGGCCUAGACAUAGAGAAGCAGUCAGAAGUACCUUGUAGUAGUUUGCCGCGCCGUGCGCUGCCAUAAUG